UGUCCCAACAGUUAUAGCAUUGCUACCACAUUUCUCUUCUUGCUUUCUCAAACCUCAGUUUGCGCAUGGAUUGGAGUCACCUGUGAUACCCGUGGAAGUAGAGUGACUCGAUUAAACACGGGAGUCGUAGGCAGCAACAUCGCACCAGAAAUCGGAAAUCUUGACUCUUUGGUUUCUAUAGAUCUAUUUAUUUACACAAUAUCAGGUUCCCUUCCAAAAGACAUUUGCAGGCGCAAUAGACGACUUCAAAGACUCAACCCUACUUGAGAGCAUAAGGUUGCAAGACAACAACUUUAGUGAACAUGUGAAUAUCACAAAGCUCGUGGAAUGUGUCAACAAUUUAAGAGUGUUACAAGAUUUGUGGAAUCAAGCUACGGAAAGAAGACAACGUAGAGGAGGGAAAGGAGGAACAUAAGAAAAAGUGAUGGCGGAGCAAAAUCGCGGCGGUGGAAAAGCUGAUGAUCAAUUCACGCGGUGCCCGCACUGCGCCGGCCCUCUCACUAAGGAGAUGGAGACUAGCAAGUGGACCGUUUCGCCACUCGUUAGAGAAGGCUUCUCUAUGAUAGGAACGGCGGUUGGAGGGAUAGCAGGCGCUGUCUACGGCUUCAACCACACUAUGCCUGUCGUUAGGAGGAGGAUUAAAGGGCCUAUGUGGCUGCAAUUCUUCGUUGGUGGGCCACCUGUCAUUAUUUUCUCAUCAGGAUGUGCCGGGCUAGCAGGUGGUUCACUUCCGGCUUUGGCUCAACUUGCAUCUUCAUCCUAUCAUGCCUUUCUGUCCUCCCCACCAUCUCCACCUUCGUCCUCGUAGAACUUGGAAUCUACUGGUUGUGGGCUCUUCUCUUAAUUAUCGGUUCUUGAUUGGGAGAACAUUAAUGGUUUUGCUAGGGAGGAGGAUUGAGGCAUAUGAAUGAGGAUGGUGAAACGACACUCAAAUGUAUUUUAUACAUGUAAAAAAUAGUAAAAAGCUGAUUUCUUAUACAUUCAAGAUGUCAGCUUAUAUCGGUUAAUGCUAGUUCUUUUUUUUUUCUCAUGCUCGUGUACCUUUGAGCAACUUGUUACUUGUCGAGAAGCAACUGAUCUUUCAAUAAGAAAAACUGAAAGGGGAACAGUUGUGGUCACCCCUACCUUCUUGAAAAAUAGCUGUAGCAACUUUCUUGGUAAUUCCACUCAAACAUGCCUCUUAUGAACAGGCGCUCUGUAUUA